AUGAACGAAUCACAUGAACAAGUAAACGAAGAUAAUGGUAAAACCGUAUUACACUCCUCCCUUGCACCACAUAAAACAUCAAAUGUUAUAUUGAAAACCGCUGUCGCUUGCGUGAGCUCAGGAACACAGUCAACGGAUGCUAAUAUUUUACUAGACGAAGGAGCACAGAGAUCAUUCAUCACAGAAUCACUCGCCAGAAAACUAGAUUUAGGUAUAAACGGGACCGAAAUAGUUCAUCUUUCUGGAUUCGGAGAGCAAAACAGACAAGUUAGGCAUAUGCAAUCGGCAACGAUUUACUUACAAACUGACGAUGUAGAAAACAUACCGCUCGAGGUACUUAUCAUUCCUGAAAUAGCAUUACCGAUACAAACGCACAUGAAAUCAGUAGUUAAUAUGAGACAUUUGCAUGGCUUGAAAUUAGCACACCCAAUUACCGAAGAUGACAUGUUUGAUAUUAAUUUACUUAUUGGAGCAGAUUAUUAUUGGAGUAUAGUAGGAGAUAAAAUCAUAAGAGGUAAUGGACCGACUGCCGUCGAGUCUAAAUUAGGAUAUUUACUUUCUGGACCAACGACAAGUAUUAGAGAAUCAAACAGAAGUUCAAUAUUGAACGUUAUCGUGUCUCAUAAAGCAGAGGAAUGUAAUUUAACAAAGUUUUGGGAAAUCGAGUCCCUUGGUAUAGAAGACAGUAACACAAAAACAGAGCUAGAAGAAUUUCAAACGAUUUAUGAAAACUCAUCAGUGUCAUUUCUUGACAACAAGUAUGUCGCCAAGCUACCUUGGAAAACCAACCACUCGCCAUUACCGUCAAACAAAACAGUCGCCUUUCGUAGGACUGAAAAUGUAAUAAGACGUCUUAGUAAAGAACCGCAAUUGUUACAAAAGUAUGGAGAAAUCAUCGAAGAACAGGAAAAGCGAGGGUUUAUAGAGAAAGUCGAGGAAGAUUUAGUUAAACCAAAUACCAAGUUACAUUAUAUCCCGCAUCACGCAGUAAAGAAAGAUUCCGCAACUACACCUAUCAGGAUCGUGUAUGACUGUAGUUGUAGACAAACACCGGACACCGCCAGCUUAAAUGAUUGCUUACUUAACGUACCUCCGAAGUUGAAUAAUGUAACCGCAAUACGUUUAAGAUUCCGCAUGAAUAAAUACGCCGUAUGUACAGAUAUAGAAAAGGCAUUUCUCAACGUUGGACUAGAUAUUGAAGACCGGGACGUCACCAGGUUUUUCUGGUUAAGCAAUCCAACAGACCCAAGCAGUUGUAUCACGACUUAUAGGUUUAAAUCUGUAUUAUUUGGAGCCACCUGUUCACCAUUUAUAUUAAAUGCUGUUUUAUCAAAACACAUCAACAACCACCAGACAGAAUUUACUGACAAUUUAAUGAGAGAUUUAUACGUAGAUAAUAUUGUUUCUAGUUUUAAUUCCGAAGAUGAAUUGUCACAAUAUUUCAAAGUUGUUCGCAAGUUAUUUACAGAUGGUGGAUUCAAUUUACGCGCAUGGGCAUCAAAUAACAAACUAUUACAACAACUUGCAGAAUCUGAAAAAGUUAUCGACACAGAACAGGUAGUAAAAGUAUUAGGCUUGCGUUGGAAUACAGAUCAAGAUACACUAAAGUAUGCUGAAAAUAUUCUAGACACGGAAAUAGACCUCAUCACGAAACGCGAAGUACUUAGAGAAUCGUCCAAGAUUUAUGAUCCACUCGGGAUCAUCAGUCCAGUUACCGUACGAGGUAAAAUGUUUAUGCAAACACUUUGGGGUGAAAACAUGAAAUGGGACGAGCCAUUGCCUGAUCAUAUGAGAACAGAAUGGAUUGACAUAAGAAAAGAUAUUAAUGAAGCAACAAAGACCGUUAUACAUCGUCACUACUUCACAAAUUGUUCGGAUUCUAAUAGCGACAAUGUGAUACAUGUAUUCAUGGAUGCUAGCAUGAAAGCUUACGGAGCUUGUGCAUACCUAGUUUCAGAAGGAAAAAGUUCACUCUUAAUGUCAAGAAAUCGAGUAGCACCGUUAAAACAGCUAACAAUUCCAAGACUAGAACUAAUGGCAGCAGUAAUUGGAAGUCGACUUUUAUCUCAUAUUUUGUCUCAUAUUAAUGUUAAUCGUGUAAUAUUAUGGAGCGAUAGCCAAAUUGUCUUGAGCUGGCUGAGUUCGAAGAAGACAUUAAAACAAUUUGUCGCUAACAGAGUGAAAGAAAUCAAAGAACUGACUGAAAAGUUUACAUGGAAAUACUGUCCAAGUGAAUCCAAUCCCGCCGAUUUACUAUCAAGAGGAAUAACAACUCAAAAGUUUAGAGACAACAUGUUAUGGAUGAACGGCCCUGAUUGGUUAACGAACGAGAAUAAAUGGCCUGAAUGGAAAAUAGAUGAAACGCAAAUUAUGCCAGCAAGUGCUCAACAAGAAGUUACAGUUGAUACGACACAAAUACUGAGUACACACAGUGUAACGCAGGAAAAUACCAUAAUUGACAUUGACAGGUUUAAUUCUUUCAAGAAACUUUUGAGAGUCAUAGCCUACGUUGAAAGAUUUAUAUUUAACUGUAGAUCGAGAGAAAAACGUACUGGAAAUCUUAAUACGCAAGAAUUACAGAAUGCAACGUAUACUUUGAUACAAGAAGUACAACGAAGACACUUUUUGGACGUAAAGCUAAGCUUACAAAAUGGAGAAACAAAGACACACAACUUAGUUAAACAACUGAAACUUUAUUUGGAUAAGGACAACUUGAUUCGUUGUGAAGGACGUAUUCAUAACGCGCCAUUGGAUGAAUCUACUAAAUUUCCUAUACUGCUACCUGCAAAAGAUAGAUUAACCAGACUCGUUAUAAUGGAUGCUCACAUUUCACAUUUACACUCAGGACUGUCAAGUACCGUCACACUAAUCCGUCAGACAUAUUGGAUACCGACUAUACGACAAGUUGCGAACAGUAUCUUACGCAAAUGUGUGACCUGUAAAAAAGUUAAAGGCCGACCGUAUACAGCCCCAGAUCCGCCGCCUUUACCGAAGGACAGACUACGAGAAGCACCGCCGUUCACAGUAACGGGAGUUGAUUUUACGGGAGCUCUGACAGUGAAAAACAACGAUGGAACUACAAGCAAAGCUUACAUAUGUUUAUUUACAUGUGCCAGCACUCGCGCUGUGCAUUUAGAAGUGGUGGACAAUUUAACAGAAGAAACAUUUAUCCUAGCAUUUAGAAGAUUCGUUAGUAGAAAAUCGUUACCGAAAACGAUGAUAUCCGACAAUGCUACUACCUACAUUGCAGCCGCUAAGCAUAUAGAGAAUCUCACACGAUCAGCGUCACUUACAGAAACGUUGAACAACUAUGGUACAACAUGGACAUUUAUACCAAAACGCGCACCGUGGUACGGUGGCUUUUGGGAAAGAUUGAUAGGGAUUACAAAAGAUUGUGUUAAGAAGGUUUUGGGACGUUCUCUUAUCAAUAUAGAACUUCUUAAGACAAUUGUGACUGAAGUUGAAACUAUUAUGAAUGACCGUCCACUAACUUACGUAUCGUCAGAUCCUUUAGAUGAACCGCUAACGCCAUCACAUUUACUUUACGGACGUCGGAUCACAACACUUCCAUACCCUGAUAAUAGAGACUUUGAGCAUUCGACGCUUGAGAUGACUCAUGAAUCUGUGAAUAAACUGUCUCGGUUGAAAUCUCAAAUUAUUCAACAGUUUUGGUGCAAAUGGAAACACGAGUAUCUUACCUCUCUUCGAGAAUAUCAUCGAAACACUGGAAAGGACAUUCAAACAAUUAAAGUUGGAGAUGUAGUACAAGUGUACGAAGAAUCACCGAGGACAAAGUGGAAUCUAGCCGUUAUUGAUCAACUGAACAUUGGAGGUGACGGGAAAACGAGAUCUGCUGUUAUACGGACAAAACAUGGACUCACUUCACGUCCAAUAACAAAACUUUAUCCUCUCGAAGUGUCAGAAAAUAGAGACUUUACUAUAGACAAUAAUUGUGAUCUCAACAAUCCUUCUACGUCUAGAAACUUAAGCCGUAAAGCGAAAAGUGUUGCCAUAGAGAAACUUAAGAAAUGGACAAAAGGAAAUAAUUCAUAA